GUUCACAUUCGGCACGCGAUCGGACGGCUUAAGCUUUUUGAAACCACUUGUUAACUUUCAAUCGGCAGACUUGUUGGAUUCGGAUCGAGAGGAAGUUGUAUCGUCGAAUGUUUUACGCGCGCUCUUUUUGAAAACUUUUUACGCGACGGAGAGACUUACAAGCGGGUGUUCUGUGACUAUAACAAAUGACAAAAUGUGAUUGAAAGAAGCAAUUUUUCUUCGUUUGCGGUUAGUUUUUUUUUUUGUUUGAUACGAUGAUGGAUUGGUCGUGAAUGCGAAAAUUGUUCUUGGCACGAACAAAAACGAAAAACAAAAAAUGCAUUCGUACGUGUACUCCUCAUAUAAUAGUAGGUGUCGUUCGUGCGUGGUGGUUUGCUGCAUAAUAUUUGCAUGUCUGAUGCGGUUGACAUCUGGGACAAUUAUGGGUGAUGAGUGCGACUGGACCGGAAGUGGCCUAACAACACCGUCAGAAGACAGGGGCGUGACGCCGGUAUACCUGCGUUGCACAGCAGGGAAAGUGACUUGGCUUUACCCUAGGGGUGCGCUGAGAGUGUUGCUUCGAAUGCCGACCCCAGACAGAGACUUUAGGGCUUGUAUCAAGCUCCACCCGGACGGCGGCAAAAAUCUGCCGGUUCGACUAUUUCUAGAGGGUCCCCGGUCUCUCCAUCAGCUUUACUCGCAUGUAGAAGAAAAGCCGAAAGCCGUUAGGUGCUUUCAAAGCAAAAAUGGCCAAGCUGCUAUUUAUAUUGAAGCCAUAGAUAAUGACAUUGUAACGAAGCGGGUGGUCGAACUUGAUUACGAUUUGCAACCAUUACCAAAAGGAAAACGGACGUACGAUUCAUUCGAAGGUAAGGAAAAGAAGAGAAAGAAAAUGUGCGGAAACAAUAAUGUGUUUUUUUUUUCGGCAUAAGUCAAUUCACGAUUU